UGGCGGUCUCGGGAACCGAUGGCGAUGAAGGCAGGCUCCUAAAUUCCAAAUACAAUGGAAGCAUGAAGAAGGUCGUGUUUGCAACGUUUGUAGCGUGUACAGCACCGUUUUCAUUCGGUUAUGCCAUAGGGUACACUUCCCCUGCCAUUCCCGAGAUGGAAUGGAAGGGAGUGAUGAGCGCAAAUAACUUGUCGUGGUUUUCAAGCCUGUUGACACUUGGUGGGAUGAUGGGCUCUCUCCUAGCUGGAGUUGCCAUGGAACUUAUUGGCAGAAAACGAACUUUGAUGAUCACAACACUACCCUUAGUUCUUGGCUGGACAUUGAUAGCUGUAGGUUUCAAUACUUUUACGUUUUUGCUUGGUAGAAUUUUGACUGGAAUCGCGAUCGGAUUGGUGAGUGCUGCGACUCCAGUUUACAUUGCGGAGAUAUCAAGUAAGGAGCACAGAGGCUUGUUGGGAUGCUGUAACCAGUUGUCUAUCACUUUCGGAAUCCUGAUGGUUUAUUACUUGGGUAUAACUGGAAGUUGGCAGUUUUUGGCCUGGGCUGGCGUUGUCGUACCUCUUCUGUCAAACUGCAUGAUGGCAACUAUACCGGAGACACCAAGAUGGUUGCUCAUGAAAGGACGUCGAGCAGAAGCAAAACAAUCCGUCCUUUGGCUCCGAGGUCCAUAUAUUGAUGCUGAAAAUGAACUCCGGGACAUAGAAGAAAAUAUGGAGAGUGGGGAAAAGGCAUCUCUUUCGGACUUCACCAAGCCAGAACUUUAUGAACCGUUGAAAGUUGCUGUGUGUGUCAUGGCUCUGCAGCAACUGACUGGUAUCAAUGCUAUCAUGUUCUAUGCUGUAACAAUCCUACAACAAGCUGGUUUAUUCACCAUGUUUGGCAACACAGGAGCAGUAGUCAUAGGUGGCAUUCAAGUUGUUGCAACAUUGCUCAGCUGUUUCAUGAUGGAUCGUGCAGGAAGACGUCGACUUCUUCUAUUCGCAGCCUCUGGAAUGAUGAUGAGUUGCAUCGUAUUUGGAUGGUAUUACAAUGGAAUGGCCACAAGGAAUGUCAACACAACCAAAAUGAUGGAAAUUCUGCCUGUUAUUUGCCUAAUGGUCUAUAUCAUUUCAUUUUCAUUUGGUUGGGGGCCAGUGCCGAUGUUACUGUCAUCAGAAAUCUUUCCGCAGAAGGCCAGAGGUUUGGCCAGUUCAAUAUCAGUUCUCGUGAACUGGGGCUUUGCAUUUCUUGUCACCAAGACAUUUAGUCCUCUUAGUGGGCUAAUUGGCUAUCAUGGCAUAUUCUGGCUCUUUGCUGCCUUUUGUUUUGUUGGAAUACUUUUUGUGUAUAAGUUUGUACCUGAGACUAAAGGAAAAUCUCUUGAAGACAUUGAACUCUACUUCCUAGGAAAAUCCCUCCAUACUUCCAAUUCCAGAGAGAGACAAGUAUAACUUUCAAGUGGGUGAGUGAAAAACUGCCAUGGUUUUAAGUCCUGGAACAAAAGAUCUUGUUGCUCUGUACACAUAUCAGUUAACCAAUAUGACCUUGGGUACUUGCCUAUAGUCGUAGUUCCACCUAUCAUAAAACCCCGUGUUUUUUCUAGACCCGUGUCUUCGCCGUGUGUCAAAAAACCCGGGGCGCACUUACACCUAUCAGUGGUGUUAGAUAAUGGUUAAUAGCCCCGGCGACAGGUGCGCUGUAGGUAGGGAGCUCUCCUGUGUUUCUUUCCCGUUGGAGGGGAAUUUCGCGUGCGCGAUACCGAGGCAACUACACCGCGCCAUCUGUCGCCGGGUCUUAGAACUUGCAAUUGCCGGGGCUAUUCAGAUUCCACCUAUCGAAAAACCCGUGUUGAACACGGGUCUAAAUUAGCCCCCGAUUAGCCCCAUCGAGCUCGAUGGGGCUAGUAGACACGGGGAUUUGACACACAGGUCUAUUUAGACACGGCAAUUCAUAGGUGUAAGCGCAAAAGACACGGGGAUUUGAUAGGUGGAAGUACGACUUAUGUAAUGGUCAGAUCUUUAAUAAGGUUCUCUAUGAAAAAAAGUGUUUAUGGUAAGGUGAGAUUGAAAGUGUGCCAAAUAUACAACAAAAGAACAAAAUUCUAUUUUAUACUAUUAGACUGCAAGAGUAUAUUGUUAGUUCUUAUCUUGGACUGUUGCAAUUGGAAUUUAAAUAACAAUCUUUGUUAUUAUAUGUAUCAUUCUAUUUCUAAGUUUUGUUUGAGAAUUUUUUACUGCUUAUCAAGUGUGAUGGUUACUAAAACAUGAAACAUUACCCACAGAAAGAAUUUGCUUUAACUGGUUCUGGUUAGUUUAUCCAUAAAAAAGGGACUGGUCAUUUUACAUGUAUUUAAUUGAAAUAGCCCAUUCUUUUCUACUGUUUUGACUGGAGCUUGGUCCAAAACCUGUAUUCUGGUAUUAGGCUAAACUUUAGAAUCCCCGAUCGGAAAUGACGUAGUUUGAUCACAUUCAAGUAACUAUAAAUCCAUUGAACAGUGGUACUUCGUUAGUCAACCGAUGACCUUUUUUUGGGGUGUGAUCGGGGAUUGUAAACUCGUUCCCCUGUAUUACUAAGGCAUCCCCAGGAAUUCCAGAGGUGCGUUGUUUUCCAAAAAUACUUGUAAUUAUAUACUCGGAUAAUUUUGAAAGUUAAUUGCUUCAUAAAAGAUUUUUCCCAAUUGCUGUCAGUCUCAUCUGCCCCCUCAGACAAUGUGGGUUUGUACUGUAUUUGUAUGGGAACAUUGUAGUGUGUAUUAUGGUAACUAGUGGUAUUGACACUUUCACUGGCAAUGUUAUACAUAAUAGAGGCCCUAACACAGGGCGGAGGAAGCCACUGCUGGCCACAACAAACAACCAGCAAACAAAAUAAAAGACCGCAUGGUCGCACACCACAUGUUUUUUUGUUGUGCCUAUAUGUGACUCGCUCUACCAAAACUAGGCGCUUGUCGCAUCUGAACUCGACAGGUUGAUACGGACUUGUUGUUCAUUUCCCUAUUGUAGACCUUUUGUGAA